CCCCCGGAUCCGCCCCGGUCGGAAGCGGCGCCUGCGCAGUGCAGGCGCGGGGGCGGUCGUUGUGUCCACGCCGCCAACCGGCCCGCGAGCGCAAUGGCGGAGGAGGUGAGCACCCUGAUGAAGGCCACGGUCCUGAUGCGGCAGCCCGGACGGGUGCAGGAGAUCGUGGGCGCCCUCCGCAAGGGCGGGGGAGACCGCUUACAGGUCAUUUCUGAUUUUGACAUGACCUUGAGCAGGUUUGCAUAUAAUGGAAAACGAUGCCCUUCUUCUUACAACAUUCUGGAUAACAGCAAGAUCAUCAGUGAGGAGUGCCGGAAAGAGCUCAAAGUGCUUUUUCACCAUUAUUACCCAAUCGAGAUUGACCCACACCGGACCAUCAAAGAGAAGUUACCUCACAUGGUAGAAUGGUGGACCAAAGCGCAUGACCUCCUGUGUCAACAGAAGAUUCAGAAGUUUCAGAUAGCCCAGGUGGUAAGAGAGUCCAACGCAAUGCUCAGGGAUGGAUACAAGACAUUCUUCAACACCCUCUCGCAGAACAACAUUCCCCUUUUCAUCUUUUCUGCGGGCAUUGGGGAUGUCCUGGAAGAAAUGAUCCGGCAGAGGAAAGUGUUCCACCCCAACAUCCACAUCAUGUCUAACUACAUGGAGUUUGAUGAAGAUGGCUUCCUAAAGGGAUUCAAGGGCCAGCUCAUCCACACCUACAACAAGAACAGCUCUGUGUUCGAGAACUCCGAUUACUUCCAGCAGCUUCAGGGCAAAACAAACAUCCUCCUGCUGGGAGACUCCAUGGGGGACCUUACAAUGGCUGAUGGGGUUCCUGGCGUGGAGAACAUUCUCAAGAUUGGCUUCCUAAAUGACAAGGUGGAGGAGCGGCGGGAGCGCUACAUGGACUCAUAUGACAUCGUGCUGGAGAGGGACGAGACGCUGGACGUGGUCAAUGGGCUGCUGCAGCACAUCCUGCAGCAGGGUGACUGGACAGAGAUGCAGGGCUCCUGAACGCAGGCGGGGCCUGCCAGCUGCAGUGAGGAGGGGCCUUCCCGGAAGGCCGCUCUGCUCUGAGCUCUGCUCCUGUGCGUGCAGAGUCCUCCAGAGAACAUUCCGGGCUGCCAGUGGCCGGGAGCCGCUGGCUCACACCCCUCCCUCCUCCUCUCCCCGGCUCCAUGGUUUUGUGUUCUCCAGUGUCUCAAGGGAGCCCUGCCAGAAGGGAGGACAGUGAAAGCUAUUCCAGGUGAACUGCGGACCUACGCGGUGUUAGCAGUUUAGGAAUCAGCUGGUCCAGGGAAUCUUUUUUUCCAGAAUUUUUUAACAUGGGAAGCUGUUCUUAAACAAGUCAAAGUCUAAUAUGUGAAACAGAUCAAAAAUAAAAAAAAAGGAAAAACA